UUUUGUUGCAGGAAACUGGAAGAGAUAUCGGCAGUGGCUGAGAGAGUGCCGUUGUUGGAGUCGCGUAUUGAGCAGCUUCUCAAGGAGAAAAGCGAGUUUGAGAUUCGUUUCGCUGCACAACGUGAAGAGCUGGAACAUGCUCUUGAAGAGUCGCUGGCCGAGACUUUGUCCAAAUACAAGGAACAGUCUGAUUACUGGACAGGAAAGCAAGCAGCGCUUGAGCAGAGCCUCGAAAGGGCUAAGGCGGAGAUCUCACAACAUUUGAUGGAGAAAGAAGACAUGAAGAUGAAGGCGAAACUUGAACGUGCUGAUCUGGAGCGUCGCCUGACGAGUAGCAUUGAUCAUGUGCAGAUGCUGAAUAGUCAGAUAAAUAAGAGCCGCCGUGAUGUCGAAUGUGAAGCAAGACCUCGGCAUGUGAGCAAGUAUGUGGCAUGCAGGCCGAACUCUAGAAGCAAAUCCACGACAAUAGCGAAGGUAAUUGAUGCUAACUUUGUGCCUAUAAAAUCAACUUUUAUUGAAAAAGCACUAACCGCAGAUGUCUAUGAUGCUUGUGACGGUUCGUAUUCUAACGGAAAAUUUUUCUCCUUGGUUUGUGCUAGGAUGAAUCUUUCUGUAAAAGCAAGUUCGUUGGAGAUUGUUAUUAGACGACACGAUUAA